AUGGCUGUGAAUCCAAGCGACAGGGAAAUGGCAGACGGAGCCGAGUUUGCUUUACAUAAGGCUAUAGAGAUGGCUGUGAAUCCAAGCGACAGGGAAAGGGCAGACGGAGCCGAGUUUGCUUUACAUAAGGCUAUAGAAAUGGCUGUGAAUCCAAGCGACAGGGAAAGGGCAGACGGAGCCGACUUUGCUUUACAUAAGGCUAUAGAAAUGGCUGUGAAUCCAAGCGACAGGGAAAGGGCAGACGGAGCCGAGUUUGCUUUACAUAAGGCUAUAGAGAUGGCUGUGAAUCCAAGCGACAGGGAAAGGGCAGACGGAGCCGAGUUUGCUUUACAUAAGGCUAUAGAAAUUGCUGUGAAUCCAAGCGACAGGGAAAGGGCAGACGGAGCCGAGUUUGCUUUACAUAAGGCUAUAGAAAUGGCUGUGAAUCCAAGCGACAGGGAAAGGGCAGACGGAGCCGAGUUUGCUUUACAUAAGGCUAUAGAGAUGGCUGUGAAUCCAAGCGACAGGGAAAUGGCAGACGGAGCCGAGUUUGCUUUACAUAAGGCUAUAGAGAUGGCUGUGAAUCCAAGCGACAGGGAAAUGGCAGACGGAGCCGAGUUUGCUUUACAUAAGGCUAUAGAAAUGGCUGUGAAACCAAGCGACAGGGAAAGGGCAGACGGAGCCGAGUUUGCUUUACAUAAGGCUAUAGAAAUGGCUGUGAAUCCAAGCGACAGGGAAAGGGCAGACAGAGCCGAGUUUGCUAUACAUAAGGCUAUAGAGAUGGCUGUGAAUCCAAGCGACAGGGAAAGGGCAGACGGAGCCGAGUUUGCUUUACAUAAGGCUAUAGAGAUGGCUGUGAAUCCAAGCGACAGGGAAAGGGCAGACGGAGCCGAGUUUGCUUUACAUAAGGCUAUAGAAAUGGCUGUGAAUCCAAGCGACAGGGAAAGGGCAGACGGAGCCGAGUUUGCUUUACAUUAG